AAUGGAUUGAUGUAUCUUCACAUGAAUAACAGUGGAUUUUCUGGGAUUUUUCCAUGGAAUUCACUGAACAACAUGACAGGUCUCGCUGUGUUGAGCCUAGGAGACAACCCGUUUGAUCGAACUCCAUUUCCGAAGGAAGUGCUCAAGCUUACCCAGUUGAAUUGGUUGUAUCUUUCAAAUUGCAGUAUCGAAGGGCAAAUUCCGAAGGAAAUUGGGAAUUUAAGCAAGCUUAUCAACUUGGAGCUGUCGCUGAACUCUAUCUCCGGCGAAAUUCCGGUGGAGAUUACAAAGCUUUCGAAUCUAUGGCAGCUUGAGCUCUUUCAAAACGAAUUGAACGGAACACUUCCGGUUGGGUUUGGGAAUCUUACUGGCCUCGAAAUGUUUGAUGCUUCGAGUAAUUACCUUACCGGCGACCUUUCGGAGGUGAGGUUGUUGAAUCAAUUGGUGAGUUUACAACUUUUCGAGAAUCAAAUCUCGGGUGAAGUGCCGCCGGAGCUUGGGGAAUUCAAGAAGCUCGUGAACGUGUCGCUUUAUGGUAAUAUGCUCACUGGUUCGAUACCGGCGACGCUUGGUUCAUGGGCGGACUUCAACUUUAUUGACAUCUCGGAAAAUUUUAUGACCGGCCCAAUACCGCCGGACAUGUGCAAGAAGGGGACGAUGACUGAGCUCUUGAUGCUCCAGAACAACUUUACCGGUGGAAUUCCGGCGAGUUACGCGAAUUGCACGACGCUAACGCGUUUUCGGGUCAGCAACAAUUCACUUUCCGGUGUUGUUCCGAGUGGAAUUUGGGGGCUACCCAAGGUUGAUAUAAUUGAUAUUGCAAUGAAUGCACUGGAAGGGCCUAUAACUUCUGAUAUUCAAAAUGCAAAGUCUUUGGCGCAAUUGUUUGUCGCUAAUAAUCGGUUAUCUGGUAACUUGCCAUCUGAGAUGUCAAAAGCUUCGUCGUUGGUUUCAAUUGAUUUGAGUUACAAUCAAUUUUCCGGCGAAUUACCAGGGAAAAUUGGGGACUUAAAUCAGCUUAUCAGUCUUCAUUUAGAGAACAACAUGCUUUCUGGAUCAAUUCCUGACUCGUUAGGCUCUUGUGAUUAUCUAAGCGACCUAAACAUGGCACACAAUUCGCUUUCUGGUCAAAUUCCAUCGUCUCUCGGAUCUUUACCGACUCUCAACUCGUUAAAUCUUUCUGAUAAUAAACUUUCCGGGCAAAUUCCGGCGAGUUUGUCAUCUCUAAAAGUGAGCCUUCUUGAUCUUUCCAACAACCGAUUGACGGGUCCCAUUCCACAAUCUCUUUCAAUUGAGGCAUAUAAUGGCAGUUUUGCCGGAAAUUAUGAUCUCUGCAGUCAGAACAUCAAGUCUUUCCGGCUGUGCUCGUCGGAAUCCGGCCUGUCUAGGAAGCUCAGUACUCUUAUCAUGUGCUUCUCGGUGGGUGCAAUUGUCAUGCUUGUCUUACUUGCAAGUUUCUUGUACUUGAAGAAGGGUCAAAAAGACCAUGACCGAUCGUGGAAGGAAGAUUCAUGGGAUGUGAAGUCUUUCCAUGUAUUGAGCUUCACAGAAGAUGAGAUUCUUGAUUCAAUCAAGCAGGAAAAUGUAAUAGGAAAAGGUGGUUCAGGAAAUGUAUAUAGAGUUGAGCUAGCUAAUGGUAAAGAAUUAGCAGUGAAACACAUUUGGAAUUCCCCGGAUUCCGGUGGACGAAAUAAGUCCGGGAGUACUACUCCUAUGCUCAGAAAGGGUGGUGAGAAGUCCCGGGAAUUCGAUGCUGAAGUAGAAACAUUGAGUUCAAUAAGGCAUGUUAAUGUGGUGAAAUUGUACUGUAGCAUUACAAGCGAGGACUCGAGCUUAUUGGUGUAUGAAUAUAUGCCAAAUGGGAGUUUGUUUGACCAAUUACAUUCAUGUAGAAAGAUGGCGUUGGAUUGGGAAACGCGUUAUGAAAUAGCUGCGGGUGCAGCCAAAGGAUUGGAGUAUUUACAUCACGGGUGCGAGAGGCCGGUGAUUCACCGGGAUGUCAAGUCUAGCAACAUCUUGUUGGAUGAGUUUCUGAAGCCGAGGAUUGCUGAUUUUGGGCUUGCAAAGAUUUCUCAAACCAAUGUAAGCAAGGGUUCAAGCUCAACCAAUGUUGUAGCAGGAACACAUGGGUAUAUUGCUCCUGAAUAUGCAUACACUUGCAAAGUGAACGAGAAGAGCGAUGUGUAUAGUUUUGGGGUGGUUUUGAUGGAGCUUGUGACCGGAAAAAGGCCAAUUGAGCCUGAGUUCGGGGAGAACAAGGACAUAUUGAAUUGGGUUUGUAGCAAGAUGAAGAACAGAGAGAGCAUUUUAAGCAUGGUGGACUCUGCUAUCCCAGAGGCUUACAAAGAAGAGGCCAUCAAGGUUUUGAAAAUAGCCAUUCUAUGCACUGCAAGGCUUCCUACACAAAGGCCUACCAUGAGAGCAGUGGUUCAGAUGCUUGAGGAUGCUGAGCCUUGUAAAUUAGUUGGUAUCAUCAUAAAUAAAGAUGGUGGAAAUAAGAAAGAGGAAUUGAGAGAUAUUGAUGGAAAAUACAAUCCAAGUCCUUAAUGUUCCAAAAAAUGAUCAUUUUGGGUUGUGGGUUUGUGAAAAAAAUGUUGUAUUAUGUAAUUUUUGGAACCUGACAUCACCUUUGUAACAUACUAGCUAGAGCCUUUGUUGUGUAAUGUUAGUCACUCGAAUGAAGUAUAUUGUAUGCCCAUUGAAUAUUGUACAAUUUUAAGGUUAUUAGUGGGAAGAAACUGCCUGCCUCAAGUGGAGCUUAUGGGUGU